AGGAUCGAUGAGCUGGCCCGUCACUAUGGCAUCCAGGAAAAGCAGGCGCUUGCAGAGUUGGACGAGAGAUUGGCGGCCCUCAACGCGCAGUUUGAAAAGGAGAAAGCGAGGAUGGAGGCUCAGCUUCAGCCGUCUCAGGGACUGCUGGGCAGCGUCCUGACGGCCCUGAGCAAGAGCAGAGACUUAGAGAUUGCAGAAAUCCGGAGGGCGUACGAGGACAAGGCGAACGAACGAAAGAAGCUCUACGAGCAGCAGAAACAGGAGUACGACAUGGAAUUGUACAGAGCCAUCACAGCCGUCAUGACGGCCGGAGUAAGUCACUUCGCACUACAGCUCUUUGCCAGCAAGCCUCAGACCGGACGAUUUGUUAAAUCAAUACCUGCUAUGGCAGCCUGGUCUCGGCCUAGAUCAUCGGUCGACAUUUUCAUUGCCCCCUUCAGAUACACCUCAGAGAGCAACCUCCAUGGCUGGUGUCUCGAGCAAGCCCGCCCACAUUGCAACUGUUCCUGCUCCCCCUUCUUUAGCCAAGGUUCCGUCUCAACCUGAGCUAUCCGCGCUACCAACACCGACGGCAACAGAGGUGGAUAGACAGUCGACUCCGGUCGAGAACGACGCCUCGGGGGAUACACCAACAGCAUCGCCCCUGCGCCCUUCUGUGCAAGUCCAAAGCACGCCAACUACGCUGUUGCAUCCGCUCCCGACAACAGAGGAGCAUCGCAAGCAUCCUCUUGCCUCCUCUGCGCAGCAAUCUCCCGCUAAGCCGAAUACCAGGCCGGCAACUGUUCUCGACCAGGAAAACAUCCCCCCAGAGGCCCCAACCUCUCCAUAUAAACUCCAAUCUUCUUUUUCUGCAAAGUCGAGCCCUCAUUCGGGCUCCGCCUUGAAGCGCAAAGUCAACGGGGAGUCGAAUCCCGGCUCGCCCGCAGAUUCGACUGGCGUGAAGCGUGCCAGGCUCGAAGGAGUCAAUGGAGCCGACGUCUCGGAAGUAGAUCAUCCUUUGCUCGUAGCAUCCGACACGGCCUUUGGGAGGUCCGUCUCAUUUGAGGAUGUAUAUGGCUCUCCAGAGAAACCGGCACCGUACAAGCACAUCAUAGUCCAGUAUCCUCCUACUGUGGGCCACUUUUACAUUCUCAAGUGCGACGAACAUGGAGUGCACUUUGGCGAGCAUCCCCUUCGGGGCGCAGCCAAGCACCUAGCUAGCGCUCAGCACGGCUACAUGUCCAAGGCCCAUGUGACUGCCAUUGAGACUCUUGGGUAUCGGGUUCGCGGCUGUACCAAGGAGAUGGCGGACAAGAAUAACCAAGAAGUCCUGAAGGCCUUCAAGGACGGGUCCUACAAGGCAUUCAACGCUAACAACCUCAGCCAGACGAAGCGCGCUGAGUUGGGCUACCCUGCGGUUGACCCCUUGGUUUCCCAGAAACCUGUCCAGCAUCGCAAGCAAACGGCCGCCAUCACCGAGCCCCAGCCAUGCCGAUUUUACGUCACCAGCGGCGGAGACCUCAGGUGCCCCGUUCUAAUCCUUCCAUGGGGCGACACCUCGCAGGCCGGCCUGAUGGGCACACUGGCCGACACUGGCAUCUUCCGCGAGUUUAGUGACGACCGGAGACCACUCGGGGUGCCCAAACUACCCAAAUGCUAUGUCUAUCGUGAGAUCGACGGCAAUAUUGUCGGUAUAAAGGGCUGGGCGAAAGGUUACGAAAACGGAGGCCCACUCGAGAGGAAACGUGAAUUCCCCGUCUUGUGCGCCGAGAGUGCCGACUAUCGUAUGUGGAGUGUCGGAUGGGUGAAGGCGGCUCAUCUAUCUCAGCUCGAUUUUGACGAUCCCAGUUCGCGGGAUAUCCCCUUUGUCAGGGAGGCUUGGUAUUAUUUCCAGACCCGAGUUCUCCGCCGUCAGCGUGAUGUUUACCCGGCCUGUGGGACUCGGCUGUCAUCUAGAUCCGAGAGGGAAUGCAGGGAGAUGCCGCUACAGUCUACAGACAAGUCGUUCCGAGACAGCGUCCCAGGUUCCAGGAGUGAGGAUGUCGAGAUGACGGAUACGGCUUGUCUUGUUCAGAAGGAGCUCGCCAGUGAAUCCGACGGGAAAUCCAUCAACAAGAGAACGGCCGAGUCUAGAGAUGUUGCCAAGGAGGGUGCUAACAAUACACGCGCUCCUGGCGGAGAGGAUAAUCGGGCGGACGCUACUGCCAAGUCUGCAACAGCUCCCAUGUCUUCUGCGCAACAUAUCGCGGCUCAGGCGCUGAACUUGCAGGGGCCGGUCCGCAGCGGAUUCACUACGGUCAAUGCUGGCGGUGGCGCUGACAGGAGCGCCUCUCGCAGUGCUCGUGCGAGUCCGGAGUCGCAAUCGGGGGAUGGCUCGGUGUCGAGCACGGAAGGCGGCGGUCACAGGAGGGUAUUUAAGAUCCACGCCCGCAGCAGUAACCGGCCUUUCACUAGCCAAACCCAGGGCUCGCCGUCCACGGUGCUGCCCGAGAGGCCAACCGACGGAACAAUGCCGCCAAGUAGUGCUGCAAACCAAUCCCAAGGCGUGGUGAGGAAGCUGAGUCCCGCCAGCUUGCAAAACAUCCUUCAGGACUUCCCAGAUCCUGCGGCCGCGAACCCUCGAGUUGACCCUCAGUCCCCUAAGCCAAUGGGCGCGCGACGACCUCUACCUUCGGAGCCGAUUCGGAUUUAUUCUCCUUCGCAGCCAGCAUCUUUGUCGGCCGUCAACGAGAAGCCCAACCCACCGGCAACAAGCAACGACAGGGCGGGCUCCGCACCGGCACAGUUGCCACCCCAGACGAGGGACCCAGUAGCUGACGAGAUACGGCUUUGGGGAACGGCGUCGGCGGCUCUCAGCCUGAGUAGACAUGCCACACCUCAACCCGUAGCCGCGCCCACGCUUACACCUUCUCCAAUGUCCGCCCCAGCUCCCGAGCCAUCGCCCGAGCCCAACCAGAGGCGGGAACAAAACGCUCCGCCUAUCCAACUGCCCCCGCCAACAACAACCCUUCUACCAAUCUCCCACCUUAACACCACCCCGCUCACUACGAUGAAUGCAAGUACGGGCAAUACCCGCGCCAACUCACCCAGCAUGACCCACGUCUCCAAAUCAGGCACGCCCGCCACGGCCGGCUUCUCUAAGCCUGAAAUCUCUGCCCUCACCCCGACCUUACCUUUGCCGCAAAACUGCUUUGUCCCGACCAUGGACGUCUUUGACCUCGCGGGCUUCAUGGACGGCAACAAGGAGCUCUUCCGGUCGGCGGAGCCUGGCCAGUACCUGCGCCUCAUCGACGACCACCAGAGAGGAGUGUUCACCACCGCUUCGGACUCGCCCGUGCAACUGCGGAUUGAUCCACAGCGGAUCAAGUCGGCAGAGCGGGUGUCUGCGCAGGCCGGGGCGGUUUGUGUGGUCACGCUCGUCUACCUCCCUACCGAGGAUGCGAAGGAGGGAGACCAGAAGGGCGAGGCGGGAGCGGCGCAAACGCAAACGCUCGUUUUUGAAAAGGCGCGGUCGACGGUGCGUGGGCUGGAGAACGGCACCCUGCAUGCGAGGCGGUUGUGCCGCAGGCUGCAGGCGUGGAAUCCGGCAAUUGAGUGUCCGACUCCAGGGUUCGCAAUGGAUUCCGUUCAGUGGCGGUUCAACAAUCAGGCGCCGGCGCCGCUGUCGGCCCCCGAGACUGCUGCCCGACCAGGUGGGGAGAAGCCGAAGUAAAUGCGACCAUGGGGAACAAAAGUGUCACUUCAACAAUACGCCUAUCUUCCUUCUAUCCUUGCGGGAGUUUCGGAAUUAUUCCAUGUUCUCCGCGUCGUUUUGGC